CUACCACGUCAUACGACUUUUUUGGAGGCUUAUUCAAAAUGGAGUAGAGCUUAGAGUUACCUGUCCAUUUGGGUUCUCGGCUUUAACUCUAAACGUUUUAAAAAUAAUUGCAGGUGAGGAUAAACGCUUCAGAAUGACAGACGAGAAGAAGACAGGAGGCUCGCUCGGUUUCUUUUCCAGCUACGAUGAUUUGAGCGACAGCAGCGACUCCGAGGAGGAGGCAGAAAGUCGGAGGAAGAAAGCGGGGACGGACGCGUCGGGAAGCGGAGCUCAGUCCUCCAAACACGGGACCAAACGAGCAGCCAGCGGGGCCCCUUUACCCAGACCAGAGGAGCUGUUCGGCUCCGUGUCCAAGCCCGCCUUCCUCUACAACCCGCUGAACAAGGAGCUGGACUGGGACAACCUGACAGUCAAAGCUCCGGAAGAGCCUGCCAGAGAGUUCAAGCCCUGGAAGACAAAUGCUGUACCUCCGCCUGCGAGCUACGCUUCAGAGCCAGAGAAGAAGAAGGGACCUCCCCCGGGCAUGGACAUGGCCAUCAAGUGGUCCAAUGUGUAUGAGGACAACGGGGAGGAUGCACCACAGGCUUUCACAGGCAACGCCCGCUUCUUACCCACAGAGGAGCAACUCUCUGACUCAGAUGAGGAUGCAGAGAAGGGAGACCUGUCUGCAAAGAAGCGCCACGUGGAGACUUUCCAGCAGAAGGAGAAGAGGAAGAGAGACAUGGGACAAGCUACCUCGGAAAAGAACUUCGUAGAGGAGGAGAAAAGGAUCCUCAGGCAAAAUAUUGAGUGAGACCCUUUAAUCAAGAGAGCCGUUUCUAAUUUAAAAUAUUUCAUGUCAGACGAGAGCAUUCACAGAUACGAGCACAACGAUCAAGUAGCUGGUAAGCUGCAACCACACGCAGGCAUUGUUACCUGUGACGUUGACAUUAUUUGUAGUAGUGUAAUAUUAUAGCAGAGAAGGACUGUGAGUCACAAGUGUGAAGAAAAGUAUACUUCAUGUAAACCCAGAGGCAACACUUUUGACUCAAGAAGUUGGAUUCUGGUAAAUCCCUGCAGAUUAUUCUUCAGAGUUAGAGGAAAGUUCAGGGAUUUACUGUCAGGGUUGUAAUCUCACAGUACUGGCCAUCUUUUUCACCUGCUCCCUUCCAUGGGGCAAAGGGAUAUUUGAAACCAUUAGAUAAAGAUACUUAAAACAUGUUCCGGGCAUUAAAAAAACAGGUGACACAUUGGUCCGCUUUAGGUUUGACCAAAAGUGUUAACUUUUUUUAGUACCACUUUCUUUUUGACACAACUUCCAUUAAUCUCACACACAAUAGUACUGAAGUCAUUAAAGAACAAAGCUAACAUUGCUCCUCCAACCAAAAGCUGUGACACAAGCGAGAUAGAGCUGUGGCCAUGCCGAGUGAGAGAGUGAGUAAAAAGUACCAAUAAACAAAUAAGAACAAAGCGGUGAAUCCAAGAAAUAUUUCUGAUUGAGAGCGGUGAUGUUUCAGAGAGGUGCCAGACUUAGUUUGAAUCCAGUCCUAGCCGCUCCAUCCUACCUGCUGUCUUUGAGGCUCUACUCUUUAUUACACCUGCAGUCCUUCACAUCCAGAAGAAAAAAUCAGGCCGUUCUCAUACUCAGGUUGUCAAAACACAGGCAGCUGAUAUCGACACACAAGGUACCAUUUAGUGUCUGUUGCAAGCAAACUAAAACAGGGUAACGUAGUCGCUAAAUCGUAUUUUAGAGGGGGGCGGGGUCUAGGCUUGAAGUUACACGCUUUCAAGUUGAGCCUGGAAACUUUCUGAACAUACCAAUAUAAGAAGAAACAAAGUGCACUGAAACAGCAGUGUGUAAUAAUCGAUGAUUUCCUUUCUGUAUCCGUCUCUACUUCUAGUCAUUACGCCUUUCAGAACUAUUUAAAUCAUAAAUGUGCGAGUUUGUGUCGUUGUGUUCUGUCACUUUUAUUUUGAUGUUGUAUUUAAAAAAGGUGUCAGGCGUCUUUUUCUAUCCCAGUAAGAGUAUCAAAGUUCAAAAUGUCUGGUAUCAUGACAAUCCUAGUCCCACUGUGGCACCACCUUUGUUUGACUUAGAUAUUGGUCUUAAAAAGACAGCAAGGUGAAAUUAGACUUUUCAUUCAUUCAGUCUUUAUUUCAUCUAUUUAAUCGAGAGAUGAACACAAAUAGAUGAAUUGUUUCAUCCUCUUUGAUUGCUUUCAAAAAGAGGAAUAGUUUAUAAAAUGUUAUCAGUACUCCAAGUGGUUCACAGAGACCCCCCCCCCCCCUCCUUCUGACAGAUGAAAAUAAUUUCAUGUGCUGCCGCCCGCUUACAACAAACAUGGACAUACGCUAAACACGCUGUCAGUCUCGCUCUGCUAAUAAAGUCUUAUAUUUUUAGAAAUGAUCUCAAACGCAGACAGAAGAAAGUGCAGAGUAGCAGUUCAGUGUGACAACAAAAUGAAAAAACUAACAAGAGGCUUUCAAAGAGGAAGCAACGGAGUGUUACUGUAACAUGUGUGACCUCUGGAGAUUCAUAUUCAGCUUUACAAUAUACCUUGAGGUCCUCUUGCUAAAGUUACCAUGCAUUGCUAGCAGUAAAAAAAAAAAAAACUGUUAGCUUUGUUUUUGUUAAUCCUUGCCGGGCCCGUCCUGACAUACCUCCUGGCCCCCACCUAGGGGUCCCACGCCCCAUUUUGGGAAUCACGGUCAUAACUAAUUGGAGUGAAGACUAAAUCUACUAGACGUUAUACAAACAAACAUUUAAUGUAAAUUAUGGUUUUGUUGGAUUUGCCAUUUUAUUAACUGAGCAAAAAUAACAGUGACGUCGUUGUGUUGUUGUUUGUGUUUGUAUUGUUAAAAACCAAAUAUCUAAUUAAUCACCACAGAGGGAAUGACUAUGUUUGUUUGUGUGCUGACGAUGCUGUGGUUUUUUUUCUUUAAAAAUGUCUUUGAAUCUGUUAAAAUUACAUUUUUGAAAAGUUGCUUGUUUUUCCACCUUAUGGGCACCAGAUGUCGCCCUCCAUCCACAUGAGAAACAAAAACACUCCUGUUGUGUUUGCAGUCUGGUCUAAAGCACCGUGUGCGUGUGUGUGUGUGUGUGUGUGUGCGUGUGUGAAGUCUUCUUUGUUUUGAUCUUCAAUGUUGGAAGUGUGACUGUCUCUACUCAGUCUCGUGUAGCUCGUAUUACAACGGACUUUAUACUCGUGUGAAAUGAAACUACUCGCACGUUUAGUAUCACGAUGAUGUUUGGAACGUUGUGCGGUUAUAUGGACCUUUUUGUUUCUGCUCAUUCGGUGUAAACAGUUGUACAUUGACAGUUUUAUAGUUUGUUUUUAUUGUUAUAUUAUUCAUCAUAAACCAAUUAGGCAAUAAAAGGCAUUUUUCUUGAGAAA